AUGAGCGAACCUCUAAUCUCUGCAUUUUCUACAUCCGUGAGUGACACUCGCAGUGCCCAGCAGCAUCCAGUGAGUGUUGGUCCUCACUCCAUGAGUUCCAGGUAAAAAUGUCUGAGAGACAUAUUUCUCAGACCGUAUCGCUGAAAGGGGGUUUAUUCACUGAACACUGAAUUGUCGCAAACUAAUUGCUAAAUAGCUAAACUGUAACUAUGGCAGAGUUGUGGAAUUUUUACAAACUAGCAAUUAUUGCCCAGCUUUCACAAUUUGGUUUUCAAUUCAAUGUUUAGUGAAUACAAUUCAUUGAUAAUGUAAAUCAAUUAGUUACAGUGGUGACAUUUAAAAAAAAAGAAAAAAGGUUUGGUUUAUAUGAAAAAAAGCGAUUUUUCUUAACACAGCAUGAUUCUAUUAUUUGCAUUUAAUCACUCCUUUGAUGGCAGGUAUUUUGAAAGUUUGUAUAACUGUUAGCAUACUUUUCAUACUGUCGGACUGUGUCUUGUGUUAAAUGGAUGGGAAUGUAAAAUAAUGGCAUAAAAAUUAAUUUCAUAACGAGUUAUGUAUUAUAUCUGCUAAUUAACUGGUGAUUUAGUCAAGAUUAAUAGAAUAGGAUUUUUUUAGUAAACUGAGAACUUUUAAGAAUUGCAAAUUUUAUGCAAAAAGGAAAAUUUUUCAACUUUGCUAUUUUAAGAAUUCAGCUAUUUAGGCCUGGGCAAUUCUCAAAAAUGUGCAAUGUUCUAAAAUUCACAGUUUACUGAAUAAACCCAUAAAUUGAUGUAAUUAAGAGAAGUUAUGGUGAGCAUAUACAGGAUUAUUUACUAACGUACACGACACAUUAAAGGCAAAAUCUCAGAAUUGACUGUAACGAUAGAUUAAGGGAAGCUGCUGUAUUUGUGUAAAUGUUUUGAUGUUAACCUAUAACGUGUGUUGACAAACGCCCGUGCAGCGAGCCAAUGCAGUCAGUGUUGUCCAGAGAAAGGACAGUGUUUAUAUUACUACCUAGGGACAUCUCCAUUGGCAGCCACUCAGACGGCCCCUAGAGCUGCUUCCUGGUGCAGCACUGACGUUCAGUGUCUCCAUGCUUUGAGUCAAUGCAUCUCUAUGAGGAGAUGCUGAUGGCCGUAGCGUGCCAUUUUGCCGCGUAUGCAUGAGAGCCUCCCAAUGCUUUCUAUGGGAAAUCAUUGGAUUGGCUCAAGGGGCGGAACGUGGGCCUGGCCAGCUGGGACUGUACCCAUGUGGUGCUGGAAAAAGAUGAGUAAAAUCACCUUAUUUAACCAGAGGUAAGGGGGGCUGGUAACACAGAACCCAGACGGGUAUAUUAGACCUAUAGCGUCAGGAAUACAUGAUUGUAUUCCUUACACCAUAGUGCUCCUAUAAACUACAAUCAAUGUGUUUAGAAACCAGUGUGUGCAAAUAAGAUACAUUGUUCUUGUUCUAAAUUACAUCUUGUUAUUAGUAAGUCACCUAAAAUGAGUCAGAACAAAUUAAAGGGUAUUAUUUUAUCUGUUUCAAAUAUUCUUGCUUUUCAAUGUAUUUCUUCUAAGUUACUGUUUUUUGCACAUAUUUUCUACUUGGCCACAAUACUAUAAUAAUUUUACUCUAUAAAAACAUUAUUGCAAGUUCUCUUUUCCUUUUCCAAGUGGUCAAUAAAGCAUUGAAAUAUUAAGUCCUCUCUGCUAAACCCUGAGACAUGCUGAGUCCACUGAAAACUUAUUUUUUUUGCAUUAGAAUGGUCUAAGUACACCUGCAAGCCUCAUGUAGUUCUAAUCCCCACAUCAUGGGUCUUUUCUAAAUCCAAGCUUUCUGACAGCUUUAGCCAUAGCACUAAUCAUUGGAGCAUACCUGCCAAGUGUCCUGAUUUACAAGUUGCAGUCCCACUUUCCCUGUGGCACAGUGUAUACCAGCCUUCCAUAUAUUUUCUAUAUAUUGUAGUUAUUUUAAUAUUUGAGAAAGUAAUUAAAAUACUAUGUUUAUUUUAACUCCUUCAUUGCCAAGGGACUAAAUGGUUAGCCUUUUCAUUGCCGACCCCCUUUUGGCAGCGUGGAACAAUCCAUACACAAUCUCCAUCACGGGUAUUUAGAAUACUUUGGAAUAUACCAAGCGGUGGGCGGGGGUGAGCUGCGCUGGACUCUGUAUUAUCACACAAGAAUUUGCCAGGGAGACAGGUGCAUUGGGUGGUUUCACUGGGGGGCGGGGCCUACGUUGUGAUUGGUUGGUAUGCUGUGGGCGGUGAUAGUGGUAAGGCGAGGUGUGGGCGGUGACUUUCCGUGCAUGCCCCAGUAAUAAAGCGGUAGAGGGCGUUCCUUCUCCUGUCAGUCAGGCCGGGGGGCGUGGCUCCGUGCUCCUGGCUGCUGCUGGGGAUGGAGCCGGUGCAGAGCGCUCAGUGUCUGGGAGCCGGGAGGGCAGCGUGCAGCGCCCCCUGCAGGACAAGGUCAGUACUACACCGGGAGAUAGGGGGACAGGGCAAGCUAUGGGGGAGUGUGAGUGACCUAACUAUGUAUGGGAGAGUGUGAGUGACCCAACAAUGUAUGGGGGAGUGUGAGUGACCUAACAAUGUAUGGGGGAGUGUGAGUGACCUAACUAUGAAUGGGAGAGUGUGAGUGACCCAACAAUGUAUGGGGGAGUGUGAGUGACCUAACAAUGUAUGGGGGAGUGUGAGUGACCUAACAAUGUAUGGGGGAGUGUGAGUGACCUAACAAUGUAUGGGGGAGUGUGAGUGACCCAACAAUGUAUGGGGGAGUGUGAGUGACACUGAGUAAGUGAGUGACCUAACAAUGUAUGGGGGAGUGUGAGUGACACUGAGUGUGUGAGUGACCUAACAAUGUAUGGGGGAGUGUGAGUGACCUAACUAUGUAUGGGGGAGUGUGAGUGACACUGAGUGAGUGAGUGACCUAACAAUGUAUGGGGGAGUGUGAGUGACCUAGCAAUGUAUGGGGGAGUGUGAGUGACACUGAGUGUGUGAGUGACCUAACUAUGUAUGGGGGAGUGUGAGUGACACUGAGUGAGUGAGUGACCUACCAUGGACCUGAGUGACACUGAGUGAGUGACACUGAGUGAGUGAGUGACCUACCAUGGACCUGAGUGACACUGAGUGAGUGACACUGAGUGAGUGACCUACCAUGGACCUGUGUGACACUGAGUGAGUGACACUGAGUGAGUGACCUAACAUGGACCCGAGUGACACUGAGUGAGUGAGUGACCUACCAUGGACCUGAGUGACACUGUGAGUGAGUGAUAAUGUAAAUGAGUGACUUAACAUAGACCUUAGUGACACUGUGAGUGAAGUAUGUGACAUAGAACUGAGUGAGUGUAUUAUGUGAUAUACAGCUGGGUGUGUAUAACAUGCAGUCAGUAUGUGCAAUAGGCAAUCACUGUGUAUAAUAGAGAGGCACAGUGCAUACCUCCUAAGUGUCCCUAUUUAGGAUGGACAGUCUGUAUUUGAAGCCGAAAUCCCUCCAUCUCUCUUUCUGUCCUAAUGUCCCUCUUUUCUAGGAGCUCCAUAUUGUUGGUGUGACUGAGUGUAUAACAGAGCUCCACAGCAAUAAUACUCCCAGUAAUGUGUCUGUGUAUAACAGAGCUCCACAGCAAUAAUACUCCUAGUAAUUUGUCUGAGUGUAUAACAGAGCUCCACGGCAAUAAUACUCCCAGUAAUGUGUCUGUGUAUAACAGACUGAUCUAGAACAGCAUUUCCCAGUUGAUGUUCUGCGGAACCCUGGGGUUCCGCGAGAACACAAAUGGGGUUCCGCCCAAAUUUCAGGAAACAAAAUUGCCGCCACGAUAAUUGAGGCAGUCGGCAAGGGAGCAGUGACCCACGAUUUUUAUACACUAUGUCAAAGGGUUCCACGGGAAAAAAUAAUUGGGAACCCCUGAUCUAGAAGAAUCUGCCAUGUCUGUCGGGGUUAUUCUGUACAAUUAGAAUUAGUUGGAAUUCAAAGUAAAAUUUAAAUCAAAUGUAGAUAAGAUGGACAAAGUCUCCAAGCCAGCUAUUUUUCCAGUUAAGCUACUUUGGCAUUAAGGGAACACUCAACACACCUCACACCUAAAGCACUCUAUCUAGCUGAAGACCAUAUGAUAUUUUUUUCAUUUUACAAAAAGUGUAGAUUUCAAUAGAAAUUGACACUUUUAUAAAUUAAUUGUGCCACACCCUCCUGGCUGUCAGUCAGACAGCUGGUCCUGAUACUUCCUGGUUUGGUUAACUCAGUGGAGCUAAGUUCCAGAUGCAGCAAUUGCCCAGAGCACCUGCCUUGCAAGGACUUCUCAUUGAGCUGCAUUUGGAAGUCUGUGAUUGGACAGUCACAGAAAGUCUGGGUGGGGUUAGAAGGGGAGGGCUUCAAAGGCUGCAGACAAGAGAUCUGCUCAAGCUGCUUUUAGAUAUUCCCACAAUGAAAAAAAUACAUAAUUAGCACAGCUACAGAAUUAAAAGGCCAUCAUGGUGGAACAUUUCCUUAAGGGGUUUAAUGCACGAAUGCUUUCAUUUGGAUUCUAUCUGCUAAAUAGUGAUUUUAUUUCCUUUAUUGUAUUUGUGCAGUGGAGUUUCGCUUUUCAUUACCAUUCAUUUUCAAUUCCCAAUAAUUCAGACUUUAGUAAAUAAUCAUGUUGAGUGGUUUUGAAACAGACCCACAACUACGAAAGCUACCUGUCUAGAAAUCCAGAACUUGCCGCAGCUCGCUAUCAUUUAAACACUACUCCAUUGAGCAGCCAUAUAGUCCUAACUUAUAUUUAGCACCAGGUGAUCUCCGACACUGCUGCUAACCGGACCUAAUAAAAACAACUGCCCCCACUUGUUAAACAUGUUUUGUUUUACCCAUUGUACAGCGCUGCGGAAUAUGUCGGCACUAUACAAAUAAUUGUAAUUCUGUGUAUUCCAGAACACUGUCGGUACUCAGAAUAAGACUUGACAGUUUUCUAGCAGUCGCGUCUGUUUACUAAUCUGUUAGAAUUUCAUAUAUAAAAUGCAUAGAUUGGUCCUCUGGCUUAUUUCCAGAUAUGUCUGUAUGGUAUGUUCGUUUGUGCAGAAAUAUCCCAACCCUGACGUAGACGUAGUUUGUAACACUGAAUGCUGCCGGCUACCUGAGCAGGUAUCAGGUGUACAGGAUACUGUUUUACAUUAGGGGAGGUGCCUUUUACUCACCGCAGAUCAUAUAACCUCUAGGUAAAGCAAACAGUACAUGGAAUCUGGAAGUUAAGUCAGUGAGAAUGUGCCGUUGACACUGGCGGACGGAGUUUGCCGGUCAGAGGACAUCAAUGGAAAGCAACCAACUCUGGAAGCUGAUCUUCGGGCCAAUUCAGUAGAAGGCUACCCAUGACCUGGCAUGCUCUGGAAACCUCUGGAUAUUGUGGGCAUCAAAGCCUGGACCCUGGGUGAGAUAUUUACACAUUUAUCAAGUCAAGGCCAAGUAAGGGAGCUUUGACGUAUCUUGCCUUUACUUGGAGUUGAAACAUAAGAGUUUCAGCAAUGGGCUGAGCUUAAUAACUCAUUGCUCCUCACACCAGCACACCAUUGACCCAACAAUGGUCUGGGAUUUUUGGAAUUACCUUACUUGUGUUUCCACUGGAAUUUAAAAAAAAUCCUGGACUAUUGAUGUCGUAAGAAGCAUGACCAAUAAUUAAUCAAUAUGUACGGACAAAUCCCUUUGCCCGUUCUAGAGAUGUACUAGGUGUGUUCUGGCAUCAUUUAUAGCAUAUCUUAACUUCAUCUCUCCCGGUAGGAAUGCCACAUCCACCAUGUUUUCGUGACAUACAGGUCUUCUAAAUGAGAUUGUAAAACACAUACUGUAUGUAGAAGUAAUAUGCUGCAGGGAGAAAUCAAUUAACUAUUAGAGGCAUUGAAUUUAUGAAUUUGAUAUACUGCAAAUCAGCACUUGUGCCGUCCAUCUGCAUGUAGAAGUGAUACAGGUUCAGGCAAAAUGUCAAAUUGUCGGGAACUGUUAAAGUUAAUUGUUAAUGACCCAAUUGACAUGUUUAUCCAGAUUGCUUGGUAGCAUGGGUUAUUAGAGGGGGUGCAUGACCAAUAUGCGCUGGUUGUCAUAUUAUCAGGUGCCAUCCAAUGGCCUUGCCCACCACUAAGCAGCAUCAGACCACACCACAAAUUUGACCAUUAUUUCAUCAUUGGGAUCUAUUUCUGGACACGUGAAUUCUUCAUACUGUGAUACUGUGCAUGAAAAAUGCUGCCAGUCAUAUGCCGCGGAGAUGAAACCAAAUAAUCACAGCUCUUCUUUGGAGGUCACAACAUGUGUUAAACAAUGGUUUAAAUGCCAGUAGCAUGUGAAAUGCACAUACACCUGGAAGCACUUUUCAUACCCAGCCCAACCGUCUUUAAAGAAUUUCAGAUUGACCUCCAGUAUGCUAUACUAUUGAGGUCUGUUUGAGAGGCAAUCAGCAAUGUUGGAGAUUUUAUUUCUCAAAUUAUUUUGUGGUCUUAAUGUUGCAAUUUAGUUGUUAAAGCAGUCUGUCACCGUUUAGUGGAUAUCAUACCUUAUGAAUGAUAUGUUCCUAAACAAAAAAUGAUUUUGUAUAUUUUAUAAAAAAAAAAUAAGCUGUAUACUAUUGAUGCAGGUUAUUCCAAAUAUGGCUGAACUUAAGUUUUUGGUUAGAUAUAGGGCAGUGUAUCAAAUGUAAAUAUUUGUCUAAUCCAAUAUUCUUUUCAAAAAUUCUAACAUUCUAUAUAUAUAUAUAUAUAUAUAUAUAUAUAUAUAUAUAUAUAUAUAUAUAUAUAUAUAAUUUUUUUUUAUUUUUUUUUUUACAUUCUUUAUUUUUGUUGUGCUAGUAAGUACAUGAAGGCUUGUGAUGCCACAACAGCAAGAGCAAACGUUUCGGUAAUAAACAUAAUUUUACAGAGUCAUGGCACAUAAAGAAUUUGCAAUUUUUUGUAGUAGAAAAAUAAUAAAACUGUAAUAAUGCUGAUAAGUACACAGUGCGUUGUAACGAAAAAAGGUAUUUUGUAAUAAAUGCUUAGCCUAUGCACUGGUAGCAAGAAACUAGGUAUAGGGUGCUAAGUAGGAGAUCUGCACAUUCAGAUCUGUUCGGGUUCAUCCGAUAACUAUGUGUGCACUCCAUGUCACACAGCCAGACAUAGUCUCUGUGAGCCAGAACCUUCCACUCCCCCGGCCCCAAGUCUCAAGAUGGGCCCAUGUGCUAUCCCCACUGAUCCGGUUGCUCUUGGCACCAGGAACAGUGUUCCGAGAGGAACAGAGUGAAGUUUCUCAGGGGACGUAGGGCAAGCGUGGGGGUCCUCUCCCUCUCAGCCCUCAGCCUGGUAUAGUGGCAGCGGGCACCUGCUACCUUGGCCUUCAGGCUAGCAUGAUGAUGUCGGGGCCUUUUAUUCCUUCGUCGGAGGACUGGAUUCGUUGAUACCUGUCUCAAAGAACAGCAUGGAUUGAUGAGGCGGCUAACAGGAUGUGAGUCAUAAUGCGAGUUUUCACUCUCUCUUCUCUUCAUGCCAGAUUUCUCCGCUCUCUAUUUUCUGCCAGAAAGCUGAGAUGGUUUGGUCAAGCCGCUCCAUGAUUGAUGUCCACGGGUCUCGUGUGGCAGUAUUAUUAGGUGCGUCCGCCAUCUUGGCUUUAAGGCAGACCUUGUGUAGGUACAGAGGUUACUGGGCUGCGGGCCCUCCCUCAAUUGAGUGUCAAUAGCCAGAGAGCUGUUGCCGUGAUAACCCUCACCGGCAGGGGGCAGAGACAGGUCACCCACGCGCCUCCACUCCCUCCCGCAGCCAUAACAGUAGGGAGAUCGGCCGCCUCUUUUAAAUUUGAAGGGAAAUGUGUCCUUGUGAUGGUCCGGGAGCUAUGGAAAACGUUCUCGUCCUUUGUACAAUACAGUAAAAUUACUGAUCACAAGAUUUAGCAGUAAAAAAACGAACAAGAUAUAGAGAUAGGGACAUGGACAAAGGGGAGUUUGUUUCCGCCUAUAUUAUGUAAUUUAGUGUUCAGUUUCCUACAACUCGCUGCUUAGUAAAAAAACAAACAAAUUAUUAUAAAAAUGAGCUGCACUCUACGUUUCAUAGGGAUUACUUUAAAUAGUUUAAAUAGUAAAUUGUACAUUGUAGAGUUUUAUGUCUGUAGUUUAUCUGGGAAUUUUUGGCAAAUAGUUUUAUUAAGCAUAAAUUGCGGUUACUUCAAAUAAAGGGUUUAUCCUCUAAACAUCAAACUUUGGUGAAUGAAAACAGAAUUGUACAAUUUGGGCUGUAAUAGCCAAGCUGUGAAUCAGAGUUGGAUAUUUUUAUGAAUAAGUAAUAUUUCCUGCAAUUUGUUUUUCAGUACUCUACAUUUAGCUUUUAGCGAAUAAACCCCAGUAAUAUAUCCUGUAAUAUGAACAUUUGGGGUCGACGACAGGGAGGGUCUAUUCACUAACACCUGUUGUAGGUCUACAUUAUUGUAGUUUAUCAACUCAAAAUAAACAAAUUCUAUAAAAUGGUAUAUACCUUAACUACAAGUUAAGGAGAUUCAGCCAAUGCAAUUUGUGCCUCAAGAGCACUUCUCUAAGGUACGAAAUGCUUUAGCUCCUUCUGUGUGUGCCUCUUUCCCUGCUAUAUCCUGAACAAGAAAUAAAGCUAUUUUUUUUAUUUUAUAAAAGCUGGUUUUAGCUGGAAGUUUAUUUUUUGUUUGUUCGUAUUGAAUGCAGGUGUUUUGAUGUGACCCGUAUCAGAACUUAUCCCAACUAACUGUUUAGUUAAUACACCCCUUUCAUUUUUGUAACCGAAGCACAAUAUUACUCAAUAUAGAAUCUAAUUAUAUACAUACUCCAAGGAUGGAGACGUAGAAUUUAGGAGCCAGAGAUGUAUUUAGAACCUAAUAUUAGCACGCCAGUAUUCCAAGAGUCUGUGUGAAGUACCUCCAUUGAGUUCAGUUUAAAAACUCAAAAUAGUUGGGUGUCUACAGUAUCAAUUUUAGGAACCAUAGGUUUAAGAAUAAAUAAGUAGAAGCAGAUCUCCCACAAUGCUUUGCUUGUCAUUAGGCUGGCAAAGCAUCAUGGGAGCAGUACUUGUACUUUUUAUACCAUCACUGCCUUAGAGUGCUGGGAGUAGAAUGUUUAGAUAUAAAGACAUGGUGAUGUUAAAUAUCUGAUUUGGCAUGAUACAGCAGGCAUUGUUAGGAAUUCAAAGUAAAUUUGCCAUUUUUGAUGAAAUGUAAAAUUCACCAAGUCAGCUAUUAUUUUCAGAUCAGUGAUUUGGCCUAGAAUUUCAAAUUCACUGCGAAUUAACUUAACAUUUCCCACAUUUUACCUUGCUAGAGGUUUGUGCAUUUCAGAAACUGCCCGUUUAAAUUUUAAAAGAUUGUUUUAACUGAUCACAAUUCACUGUUUAGUGUAUCACCCCCACGGUGUAAUCCAUUUUAUUUUCAAAACAAAGAAGGUUUUUCUUUCUUUUUUUUUUUUUUUAUCAGUACAAGAGAGGUGCAUUCACUACCUAGAAGGGUCUGUUUACCCAACAGUGAGUGGCAUAUAUUUUGCUGAUUUAAAAACAGAAACACCACAAUGUAUCACGUAGUAACUGGACGGGACCCCAGCGGGUUGAUGUGCAGUUUGGAGAAUUAAAGGUUUCAUUCACUAACCAGUGAUAUUUGGUAAACUAAAAACUGAAUUGUAAGAUCUAGAUUUCAAUAGCUGUGAUGGAAAAAAAAAAUGUAUCAAAAUUUUCCAAAUCUAUUUUGACUGAAACUUUGCAAUUCAUUUUUCAAUUAAAGGGAAACUAUAGUGCUAGGAUACAUAGUUGUAUUCCUAGCACUAUAGUACCCUCUGCCACUCCCCUCCCAUCACUGAAAGGGUUGAAAACCCUUAUGUCACUUAUCUGAUUCCUGCGCUGAUGUCUAUUAGUAUUUGGUCAGGCUCUGAGACUGUUCCUCCGCCAACAGGGGAACCUAAUGCACAUGUUUUGCGAGCGCCACAAUCACAUUAGGUCUUCUCCACAGGAAAGCAUUGAAUCGAUGCUUUCCUAUAGAGUUUUAGCUGACGUUGAUGUCCAGCCUCAUUUAGCGACCCACAAGUCUGCUAAGGACCCAGAAACGCCUCUAGUGGCUGGUUUAGUUUGGUAGACAUCCAAAAGAGGUUGAGUGAAGCUUGCACGGUAAUUAUUGCAUUUUCUCAAUAAAUUGAAUAAUUACAGUUACAGGGUUAAGGGAACAUGGGACACUGCACAAAGACCAAUGAGCUGAAGUGGUCUGGGUGCCUAUAGUGUCCCUUUAACUACAAUUCAUUGUGUGAAUGUUAAAGGGACACUCAACGGCCCAAAAAACCCCCAAAACUAUUUAGUAGAUAUUCCCCCCAAUGAAAAAAUACAUAUAGUUAAUUAAAUAUUUUUUAUUAGGGUUAUAUCUAAAACGGCCUCUAAAAGCUAUAGAGCUCCCUUUCUAACCCCAGCCAGACUUUCUGUCCAAUCACAACCAGGAAGUAACAGAAACUGUCAUCUGAUAGACAGCUUGUGGGGAAGGGGGUAACAAAGUUAAUUUAUACAAGUGACAAUGUCUAUUAAAAUCUGCACUUUUUGUAAAAAAAAAAAAAAAAAGAGAGAAAAGAGGACACUCUUCUAGCAUAAAACACUUCAUUCCGCAUACUAAAGUGAUUUAAGGGUCUGGAGUGUGUCUUUUAGAGAUUCAAUGUGAAUUUUUGUUUUAGCUUAAAAUAGUCAAGCUUUGACCUAAAAUUUGACUCUCACUCUGAAUUCCCAACAAAUUAUACUCGGUUUAGUAAAUAAUCCUGUUUAGUAGGAAAGAAAUGAUUUGUACGUUAUAUUAGUGAAAAAGCUCCAUGUUUUUAACGACCAUAGUAUUGUGCCAUGUUUGGUUUCCUGUGUCCGAUUUCGGCUAUAACAAUGGUUUUGCCAAUUUAUUAUUAAUUAACCAAACCCGGCUUUGUGCAGACAGUCACUCUUCACAGACGAUUUACAAAACUAAUGGACGUUUAUUAUUAAGCAAAUAAAGAUAUAAAGUCGUGGAUGCAGAGAUAAUACAUCGCCUUCUGCAUUGUGUUUGUUCAGCUUGAUUUAUCAGAAUAUUCAUUUCAGCUGCAUGACAUGCACACACUCUAUGGCUGUAUUCUCAUAUCAUACACGCAUGUUAAUAGAGACCUCAUUAUUGUAAAUUCUCUAUAAUGUUCCCACAUAAAAGCAUUCUCUCCGCAGAGAGUAGAAUCAGGUUGAAAUCUCUGAUGAAUACUGAACCCACCUGAGCACUUCGUAUGAUUUUCUUCCUGUGAUGUAUAAAAGGAAUAAUUAUUUAUUUGAUAUGCUAUUUUCCUCUAAACUGUGUCUUUUCAAGGUUCCUCACCACAGCAAUUCAAAUGGUAAUAAUAUUUCUAGGAAGCAUUAAAAUACACCUCACAAGUGCCCUUUAGGAGUGACAGUCCCACUAGUCGAGGCACGUACAGCCUGCGGCCCAUGGGCUGCAUGCAGUCUGGAACCGCAGGCAAUGCGGCCCACCAACUGCGGUACCAUCCGCAAGUUGACUCAGGGACCCGGUCAGACACCGCGGCUCUGAAAUAGCGUGACCGGACCCCUGCUUUGUAUGAUGCUGCAAUUUGGCCUAAAUUUUGAAAUCCACUUUUCAUUUUCUGCAAGUCCCACUUUGUUGAAUAUUCCUGUCUGUCUGUGUCAUAGUAUAGGCCACCGCUAUAAUUUUAGCUGCUGUUUGAUGACAUUUCCCAGAAUCCUCUGGCUGCAAAUUGGGGUCCAAAUGCCUACAUGUGCUACUGAGGUAACUUACACAGAAACAUGCGUCUCACUGCUAUUUGAAAAACAUUAAUUUAGCGUUAUACGGGGAAUGUUACAGACAAGAUUUACAAAUGGGGGUCCUGUACAAAGCAGAACCAUUCUGGGACUGAAUUCUAAAAGUUAAAGGGACACUAUAGUCACCCAGACCACUUCAGCUCAAUGAAGUGGUCUGGAUGUCAGGUCCCUCUAGGGUUAGCCCUGCCUCAUGUAAACAUAGCUGUUUCUGAGAAACUUCUAUGUUUACAUCUGGGGUUAAGCCGGCCUCUAGUGGCUGUCUUCCGGAAAGCUUUGAAAAAUGCUUUCCUACGGACAUUUUGAAUGCGCGCGGCAAUGCCGCGCAUGUGCAUCCGGUGACGUCAGACAAGGAUGCUGACGACGGGGGAGGAGAGGUAAGGGAGCCCGGCGGGGGGAAAAGGGUGAGUAGCUGAAGGGGUAUUAACCGCUUCAGCGCCGUGGGAGGGGGACCCUGAGGGUGGGGGCACCCUCAGGGUACUAUAGUGUCCCUUUAAGCAGUUACCAUGGAGACCUAUUGAAUGUUAAUUCUGUUAAAGAGCAAUACUUAGACUACAUACUAAAAGUGGAGCAGUCGCCAUGGAUACCAAUGGAAUGUUCAUUCUGAUUGCACCUGUUUUAGAAUGUUUGUCCCCAGAAUUUCUCACUCUCAUUAAAUGUAAUUUUCAAAAGACAGUCCUAGGUCAGAUCUGUCUUAUAAUAGCACAUAUUAUACUACCCCAAAAUUAAACCAGUGAAGGGCAUUAGCUGCUCCCUGGUGAGUCCCCUCCAAGCAUGCAGGAGGUAUCAUUCAAACUGAGUCGUGUUACAGCAUUGUGUUUCAACGCCGUGUCCCUUCCUCCGAUUGCAUCUUGGCACAAGGGAACCCGUGGUAUCUAUUUCAUUGCAGGGUAGUAUCUUUCUAGACGUCUGCUUGGUCUCAUGGUUACUCCUGUGUUCUCAUUAGCAGUUGUAGGUUCUAGGAAAAAUAUCCCUCCUUAUCGAGAAGAGGAAUUUGUGAAAAGACUGUGACUGUGAGUUGCUUGAACAGGAUUUUACAAGUAAGCAGUUGCUCAAAGAUCGGUAUCUUGAAAUGCAAACUGGUUUCAAAGUAUUUCUCGUGGAAUAUUGUAGAGUACGGAACAUGCCUUGCGGAGUUAUGUCAGUCUUUAGAGGUCGGGUAAACCAGUGCUCAGCUUUCUACGUCUUCAACAGGAAAUAAUUUCAAGUUAAUUCAUAUUAGUAAUAGUGUUUAAUAUAAUAUGUAUAUUGGCAGAUAAAAUCUUCCACAGGUUGUAAGAUUUUCAUUUUAAUGUGCUUUGUAUCUUUUUUGUUUAAUUAGGUGGACUCUGCACUUUACAGGUUACAUUACAGUAGAAGGAGUUAUAGUAGUGGAAGUACGAAUACAGUGUAUGUAUAUUAUAUUUAUAUACCACUAACAUUUGUACUUAGCACUCUACAGGUUAUAUUACAGUACAGGUAUACAGUGUAUGUAUAUUUAUAUAGAGCAAACAUUUGUACUUGGCACUUUACAGGUUACAUUACAGUACAGGUAUACAGUGUAUGUACAUUUAUUUAUAUAGUGCUAACAGGUGUACUCAGCACUUUACAGGUUACAUUACAGUAGAGGGAGGUACAGUAAGUGCAGUAGGUAUACAGUGUAUGUACAUUUAUUUAUAUAACGCUAACAGGUGUACUCAGCACUUUACAGGUUACAUUACAGUAGAGAGAGGUACAGUAAGUGCAGUAGGUAUACUGUGUAUGUAUAAUUUAUUUAUAUAUCAUAGGUGUACUUGGUAAAUGAUGUAGUAGUGCAGGGAAUGUAUAUUUAAUUUUAUAAAGCAAUGAUUACAAAAUAGAAAACUCCCUGGGUUUCAGCCUGGCUCCAACAUCGGCCCCCCUCAGUCCUGAGGGCCAGGGUCCUACCAGCUGGAAUGGAUAUAAAAUAAGGUUACGUCAUCUCAAUCAUCUGUCAAAUAACUCAGUUAUUUCCCAAACUACUGGACAGUCUUUACAUUAGUUUUUAUAAAUAAAACAGGUGUUCCAUAUUUUUCUUCACACACAUUUCUAUUUUGCACAGAUCUCACUACAUCUGAUCUAUUACCCUGUCCUCAAUUUAGUAACCCUUCCAAAUAAGCCAAUACUGUUAGUAAAACUCUCCAAAUGAUUUGUCUAAAGAAAUACCCGUACAUGUUAAUGGUGUCUUUUACAAAUCAAUCAAUUGGAAAGUUAUUCUAACAAUACCGAAUAAUUUAAAAUGCUUAUUAAAUCAAGGCUCAUGUCAGUUUGUGUUUUUUUUUUUUGUUUUUUUUUAAUAUUUUUAUCAUUUUGAAACUAUGAAAUCCAGUUGCCAUUCAAAUUGCCUGACUUUGUUAUCCUUGACCUGCUCUAUAAAACGUACAUUACCAAAAAAAUCUGCAAAGAUCAUGUGAUGUGAGCAGCCAAUCAGAAUCUGAGAUUAGCUCAUUAACAUUUUUAUGAUGCUUUUUGGUGGCGCAUAGAAAAUAAUGUUAAAUAAGUGACAAGUCUGUUUUUAAAACCAAAACAAAAAAAACCCUACAUUAAAGGGACACUAUAGUCACCUGAACAACUUUAGCUUAAUGAAGCAGUUUUGGUGUAUAGAACAUGCCCCUGCAGCCUCACUGCUCAAUCCUCUGCCAUUUAGGAGUUAAAUCCCUUUGUUUAUGAACCCUAGUCACACCUCCCUGCAUGUGACUUGCACAGCCUUCCAUAAACACUUCCUGUAAAGAGAGACCUAUUUAGGCUUUCUUUAUUGCAAGUUUUGUUUAAUUAAGAUUUUCUUAUCUCCUGCUAUGUUAAUAGCUUGCUAGACCCUGCAAUUUAGAGAUUGAGAUACAAUUAUUUAAGGUAAAUUACAUCUGUUUGAAAGUGAAACCAGUUUUUUAUUUUUUCAUGCAGGCUCUGUCAAUCAUAGCCAGGGGAGGUGUGGCUAGGGCUGCAUAAACAGAAAGUGAUUUAACUCCUAAAUGACAGUGAAUUGAGCAGUGAAUUUGCAGGGGAAUGAUCUAUACACUAAAACGGCUUUAUUUAGCUAAAGUAAUUUAGGUGACUAUAGUGUUCCUUUAAAUAGCACCGGGUAUUAUUUGAAUAUCCUUUUAAUUUCAAGCGGGUCAUAUAUUUUCAUUAAUUCAUACUUCUAAAUAUUUGAAUAUAUCGUAAUUCAAUGUUUCAAAUGUUAAGAAACGAACAUUUGAAUAUUGAAUAUAAAGUGAUCCCUUUCAUUAUUUUUGUUUACACAUAUUAUAAUCGAGUUAGACGUAUUGCAGUAAGUCAAUCCAUUUGAACCCUCUUUACUCAGUAAUCUGGAGUUAUUUUCCUGACAGCAAUAUUGUUGUGAAACGUGUUUGACCUUAUCACGGGAAAGUCUUCGGCAUUUUUCAAGAACUCGAUGCAAAGACUUUGAUGCACAUCAUCAGGGCGUUUUCUAAACCGGUCAGGUAGCAUUUUGAAAUGAUUUCUUCUAAACAAUAAUACGUUCCUAUUAAAAAUAAAUAAAUCACGUGUUGCUAAUACUAUUGCAGGUGUAAUAUAGCAAAUAGAAACCAUUUUAAAGAGGGACUAUAACAUCUCUGGGAAUUAUACCAUUGAAUACAUUGAAAAACUUUUUUCCCAUGGAUGCUUCAUUGUCUUUUUUACAUUUAUAAGUGAAGUCCCAAUCCAAUUCAGACAAGGCACAUCCGUGGCACGCAUUGCAAAUGAGGAGGAAAAGCACCAUUUUUUGUUUUUUUUAAUAUAUUUGUUAUUUUAACUUUUACAUUGAGGUUUUUUUUUUUCAUUUGUUUUUUUUUUUUUUAUGGGAUGUAAUCGUCCGUAUUUUUGUCACUUUUUUUCAUUCCACUUUCAGAUUUUCUCCUCCUUUUUUUUCUGAUGAUUUUACCAUUGAUUACAUUUACAAAAUGAGACUAUUUCAGAAACCCCUUUGACUGUUAUAAUUCAGUGUUUACAAAUGAGAGACUGCAGGGUCCAACACCACUUCAUUAGGCACAGGUGCUUAGUGUCUCCCUUUAAGUAUACAGGUAUUUAAACAUCAUUUUAAAAAUCAUCCCCUUUAACGCACGUUUGGGAGAUUUAACAAACGUUAUUUUGGAGCAGAGUGUUAAAUAAGUAAAAGGAAAAACAUUAGAAUGUCUGUUAUCCUAUAGCAUACUGUCCUAGGAUAGCUGGAUUUUCCAAUGAAAAACGUUCCUGUUUCUGAUUUAAGAUUUUCAUACACAUGAUCUAAUGCAGAUGUCACAGCUUUAUAAUGAUCUUGUUAAUUGUUAGUCAUGUAUUUUAUAUUUAAUAAACUGUUUCAAGUAUACAUGAAGUUAUCUAAGUGCUGAAUAUGGCACUGAUAUUUGUCCUAUUUCUCAUGUAAUUCAGAUCUUAAAAGUAGCAGCUGUUCAUGCGGUAAAAGAAGACAGGGUUUGAUAAAGUAAAGGAACGUCUCAAGUACCAUAACAACUGCAGCUUAUUGUAGUGGAGAGGCAGAGAAAACAUUGCGAACAGAACAACAAAAUUAGCGAAAGAAAACCAGAGAAAACCAAAAUAACAGGUUUAAGGGGCAGAACUGAAGCUGUGACAUUUAAAUGCCUGUAAGCACCUGUCGCUGUCAGAUUAAUUGUGGAUUUGGUAAACGCACAAACAAAAAAACUUAGUCUAAACAACAAACACCCAGCAGCCUCUCUCACGUAUAUUGACGGGUUGAUCGUGACAUCCCCCAUUGAGCUAUGCCCCUUUACGUCAUGGCUGGCUCGGGUAGGACUAUAACAAUGCAGGUAAGACAUUGUUUGACACAUGCGUUGGAGUCAUAGGGGUUUAUUCGUUAACAGGAUUAUUUAUCAUAGUAGAAUUGCCAGGAAUUCAAAUUCUGUAAAUUUCACAUUUUAGGCGAAAUAAAAUGCUCCAACUCAACAAUGUUUACAAUUUGGCUAUUUUGGCCUAAAAAUGUAACUUUCCUUUGAAAUCAUUUUGAUUUUCCCGCAAUUCACACGUUCUGUAGAUUGAAUUUUAAUCACACAUUGGAGACUCCUGCAGGAUCCAGAAGGCUAUGUAUUCCUAAGCCUUACUUUCAAAUUUCUAUUGCACAUAUAAGCGAAAAUGAAAUCAAUAUUUUACUCCUCAUCCUUCAAUGAUUUAGAAAUGUUUUUAUAUCUAUAAUGGUAGGAAGCAGGUUGCUAUAGAAUUGCCGUUUUUAAAAAAUUAAAUAUUAUACAUUCUUUCUUUGCAGAUCAUACACAAGAUACAGCAAGUAUGGACAUCACCCAUCAGCUUUCUUAUCUGUCCUGAUCACCACUGGAAAUAUUUGGCAGGGGUGUGAGACUGCAUUAAUUACACGGUAUGCACUGAUUUUCUUUGAUAUGAGCUGUAAAAUGAUCAUUAUUGUAUUGUGUCAGACACUUAGCCCCUGAUCUCCGUGCAUAUAGUAUGUAAUGGUUAUUAGAUUGAAUGUGUGUAUAUUGUGACUGUACGUACCCAUAUCCCUGUUACUAGUACGAUUAAUGCAGGUCUAGCCUUUGGGGUAUUAUGUAAAUUCCUCAUACAGUUAAAAUAGUAACUGUGUAACUAUAGUUUUCAGAUAAAUCCUUGAAACAUUGAAGGGAUAUAAUUACCAGCACCCCCCACCCUUUUUAAUUAAUUAUGAAGAUGAGAGAUGUCCAACCUAAUUGUGUGGGGGGGGCAUAAAUAACCAUUCCUACAUUGGCGCUUACUAGCAGGGCAGUGGGUCAGGCUCACAGCAUCUGACUAUGGCGGAGAACCUUAGGUGGAGAUUGGAAAGUCUCAGGUCUGAUUCUGGAACCUUUUCAUUGUUUUCUUUGUGCCCCCGGUUACACCCUGUGAUACCGAGAGAGAAGUGUCCUACAUUUGUAGGAGCGCGCGUUGGGUGCAGAAUUUAAUCCAGCAUGUGUGGGGUUAAUCCAGCAUUUGUGAAGUAAAUCUAGGUUUAUAUAAAACUUUUUUUCAGUGUUUGGCAUCCUAACGUGAACUAUAGAACAUGUUACGGUGAAGGGUUGGUCAUAGAGCAUAGUAUAGGGAGGGUUUUGGAUGUGCUUAAGUCAAUAAUUGUUGUAGGUGGCAUAAAAGUUACCCUUAGUCUUAUCCAUCUGGUCUAUUUGCCUGCUAUCAAUAUCCCUGGUCAAGUAGUUCCUGCUCAGAAUGCAGAGGCAGGAUGGUGGCACAGUAGGCCACUAAUAAAGAAUACGUUCUCUAUGAGAAGACCAAACAAGGGUUGAGAUGAUCUACCAGAGAUGCUAUGUCUGAGGCCAGCCGACACUCUCAGCCAGUAAACAGUGUUGAAAUAGGGACAAAAUGAAUGUGUGAUGCAGAAGGCGACAUUCUCCUUUGGCUAUAUCUAAAGAGGGGGCUACACUGCAGGUGCCUGGGAAUGCAAAAUUGUCAAACAAAGUGAAAAACAUUUCGACUCUUACCAGGGGGGCGUUGCCAGGGCCUCAUAACCUAGUCAGUGGGCUGUUGUGGUUAUGGUGCUUGUGUAUAUAUGGAAAGAGGCAAGAUCUAUCUAAUAAAUCAAGUUUUCUGUCCUAUAGUAUACAAAGUAUUAAAACCCGUCCUCUCAUUGCUGGUUAUGUCGCUUUAUUUGACAUGUUUUAUGUAUUGAUAAGCGAAUGGGUUCUAACAGGAAUACCUUGAGAUUUCUGUUCCUUUAAUUCACUCGGUUUGUAUGUCAUUACUUGUUUCUCUGCUGGAAGAAUUAAUAUUAUUAUCCUUUAAGGGUUCAUCAAGUUUAGCAACACAGGGGGAAUUACGUGGUUAAUAUGCGCUUAUUCAGGUUAUUUUCUUUUCCACCUUUAAAUUAAAGAAAUGUCUCUGAAUUAGAAAACAGCUUGGUUCGCUUCCUAUAAGGCUUUUACACUCCAAACCUCUUGUAAGUCGUGUACUGCGCACGUAGGUAGAAGAAUAGAGGCAGCGGAAAAACUCUUUGUUUAAGAAAAGUGCUUUCAUUUAAUACACCCACGCGUUUCAGUCGGGUGCCGCUCUCAAGUAAUGGCACAAAACAAACGAUUGCUGAGGCUGUGGAGGCCUAGCCGUGCCAGUCUCUCAGCGGCUGCACUGAAUGGGGACUUUGAGGGGACAAGGAGUAGUUGUGUUAUUUACAAACACUGCAUUGUCCCCUUCUCAGUGUAGAUAUCUGCUAGACUUACGCCUGCACAUCUGGGAACGACUUUUUUUGCGUUUUUGCUCCCUUUUCUGAAUUUGAGUUGAUUUUUCUUCUGAUCUCCAAGUUUCUGAAAUUUGAUUCUGUCGUGACCUCUGUUAAACGUAACACAUUAGGUCUAUUUGUUAAAGAGGCAUGACCUUCGUUUCUAAUUCAUACAAACUGUCAGGCAGAGGUGUUGGCAUGUUAAUAAUAUAUUUAUACAGCACUUUUUCUCCUCUGUAAGGUUUAAAAUGCUUAGUACGUUUGUGGAUUUAACCACAUUCGCCACUGAUAAAUAUGUUAAUAUUACCAAACUUAAUGGUAUCAUUUAUUUUUUAUUUUUUUUUAGCAACCUCAACAGCAUGAAAAAAAUGAAGGUUUUAUUCAUUAAACACUAA